AUGGCUACAAAAGGUCGGCUGUGCAUGGCGAUCCUGGCCCUGGAUUUCUGUGCUGGAAUGCUGGCAAUCCAGGCUCAAGCUGUUGAGAACAAGGCUAAAAGAGUAGCAGUCAUGUUCCUUCGCUGUAAGGAUCCAGUCUACAGAGCUUACCAUCUCGGCCUCGCAGCCGCAGCGUUCCUUUUUGUUGCACACGCAAUUCCCUAUUUCCUGACUGGCUGCGGAUGCAUCUACUACUCUCGGCAGGACAUGGACUCCAUCCGUGCAUCCAUCAACAGGAAAUUGGCAGUGUUUUCAUGGAUGGUCUUCGGUGUCGCAUUCUGGCUGCUGCUCGCUGGGGCCAUGUCCAAUACCAAGAAUUCAUGCUGGUUCAUCCACUUUGACACCUUGGCCGUCGGCGGCAACACCUGCUUCAUCCACGCCGUCAUCACCAUCGCCUACUAUGUCACGGCCACAGCGGCAGCGCCGGAGUUUGCCUAG